AUGAGUUUGGAACAGCACGUAUAUGGAUCGACGGACUGGCAUCUCCCAAGUCCCUCCUCCACCCCAAAGUCGGCCACUUUUCCAGAAGCAAAUCUCAAGACGCCCAAGACAGAGUCGGUUCCUCACUCGCAUUUCCUCGACGCCUGGGCAACGCCACGAGUCUACGAACAGCAGACGCCAAUCCAAACCCCAUCCUUCACCCUCUCGACGCCCACAGACCGGCCACCCAGCGCAGUGAGCCCCACGCUCCAAACACCCGAGGACCCUGACUUCCAUGUCAACCACUUCGCCCCACAGAACCUGCCUCUGCCGCCUGUCGAGCUCGCUCGAAGACUGUCGUCCUCUCCAGACCCGCAUCAGCUGAAGAAACUUGGUGGAGCCAACCCGUUGGACAGUCGCUCGGCACAUCCUCCCGUCAGCAUGGACUUCUCACAGAUGCAAACCCCUCCUCCUACGAGAGAUGCCACGUCUCGAAGAAGCCUCCAGCAAAGUGGUGGUACUGCAUUUGCCACGCCUGCUACGGUCAUCCACCGGACGCCCUACCAGGCGCCCUCGACCGAGGCACUCUUUGACCAGACCCCUUUCGGACUUGUCAACGUACAGUACACGCCCGACAUCAUGGGUUUCCCCAAUAAUAUACCACUCUCAACGCCCUCUAUGCCACAGUCGCGUCUCUUCUGGGAUCAGGCCAAUGAUGUUUCACACAUGGAUGUCGAUUUGCCCUACCAGGAUCCCUUUGGUCCCACCCCACAUAGGCCUGAGCAAGAUCUGCACUGGCAAGCACUCCAAUCGCCUGCUACAGCCCAGAUACAGUCUCAGGCUUUUCAAUCCUUCCAGGGUAUGCCUCCCCAGGGCCAGAUGACUUCUUUUAGUGCAGGCAACAUGGGCGCGGGCCAAAACUCACAAGCAAAUUCAUUCGUCUCGACAUCUGCUGGGGUAGAUCCCAACAUGCUGUUCAGCUUCUCCCACCAAGGGACAAUGACCUCGUUUGGUGACGUGCCACAGCCAGCCCUCAAAAAGGACGCCUCUAGACAGCCAUAUGAGACUCAGACUGAGUCCAUACGUGAUAGGGAGACCGUCAGGAAAGCCAGAAGCCAGCACUCUCGUAGUAACACAAGCUCCUCUGCGGGUUCUGUAGAGAACAUGAGGCCGGGAUUGCAGCGUAGCAACACGGACAGUGGCUUCAGGAAGGACAGAACACUUUCGAUCGAGUCAAGAAUCUCGGCCCCAGCUGCUGCAUCGACCAUACCACGCCGGAUGUCACCUCUUAAGCGGUCGAAUGGCGCGGCACUAAAGUCGAUACCAGAGACUCGAAGACCGCGGACACGCCUCAUCAUCGAUGAGACUGGCCGAGCACGAACAGAGACAGAGACAGUAGAUGAGGAAGAUACACCAAAACCAAUGAGGAGGCCAUCACAGACCGUAAUUAGAAGGCAGUAUCCUGGACUAUGGGAGGAGGGCGAAAGUGAGUCUGAGGACGACGAACCGGCACCCAUGAUCAGUCGCAACACAUCCCUCAAUGUACCGCAACCACAGCGACGUGCUUCAAAGCAUGCGAGGGCUGACAGCGGUAACUUGGACCGAGCAAACUCGUUCAAGAUCCCUCGGCCAUCUUCGAGAACAUCAACUGGGGCUUUUGAUAAAGCUUCUUUUGAAGUUGCUCGUCCUACUCGAAGACCUAUUGAAAGACCGACUCGAAGCUUGAGCAUGAUGGAGUUUCCAAAGCCUGUCGAUCAUUUCAACAUCAAGGAGAGCAUCAAUAACUCACCGCCAGACUCUCCCGGUGAUGCUUUAGGCGCGCUCAAGAAGGUAGUCGCUGGGCGUCAGCAAAGAGUUGAGCGGGCAUCCCACAAUACCCUGAAAGCACACAACCAGCGUUGGGCACAGGCUUCAGCCGAUGUAAACUACUCCCCACAUGGCUACGGUCCAUACGAUCCAUUUUCCAACUCCUUCAACGGCUCACCUCAUAUAAAUACGCCAUCGACUGAUCGCAGCAGUCUGUCGAAUGAAGCUACACGUUGUGUUUGCAAUGGUGUCGACGAAGGACAGUCCAUGGUUCAAUGCGAGUCUUGUACUAAAUGGUUGCAUAUGAGCUGUCUUGGGCUUACCGCCAAUAGCCUGCCUCCUGUAUAUGUCUGCGUCUUCUGCACAGGCUCAACGCCCGUCGCCAGAGGAGGACGGAUUAGAGGGCCAAUGCCAUUCGACUCGCCACUCAACCACAAGACUCUAUUUCGUCGAUGA